AUGGUAGAACGGGAUGCGACACAGGGGGAUGCGACACAUGCGACACAGGGGGAUGCGACACAGGGGGAUGCGACACAGGGGGAUGCGACACAGGGGGAUGCGACACAGGGGGAUGCGACACAGGGGGAUGCGACACAGGGGGAUGCGACACAGGGGGAUGCGACACAGGGGGAUGCGACACAGGGGGAUGCGACACAGGGGGAUGCGACACAGGGGGAUGCGACACAGGGGGAUGCGACACAGGGGGAUGCGACACAGGGGGAUGCGACACAGGGGGAUGCGACACAGGGGGAUGCGACACAGGGGGAUGCGACACAGGGGGAUGCGACACAGGGGGAUGCGACACAGGGGGAUGCGACACAGGGGGAUGCGACACAGGGGGAUGCGACACAGGGGGAUGCGACACAGGGGGAUGCGACACAGGGGGAUGCGACACAGGGGGAUGCGACACAGGGGGAUGCGACACAGGGGGAUGCGACACAGGGGGAUGCGACACAGGGGGAUGCGACACAGGGGGAUGCGACACAGGGGGAUGCGACACAGGGGGAUGCGACACAGGGGGAUGCGACACAGGGGGAUGCGACACAGGGGGAUGCGACACAGGGGGAUGCGACACAGGGGGAUGCGACACAGGGGGAUGCGACACAGGGGGAUGCGACACAGGGGGAUGCGACACAGGGGGAUGCGACACAGGGGGAUGCGACACAGGGGGAUGCGACACAGGGGGAUGCGACACAGGGGGAUGCGACACAGGGGGAUGCGACACAGGGGGAUGCGACACAGGGGGAUGCGACACAGGGGGAUGCGACACAGGGGGAUGCGACACAGGGGGAUGCGACACAGGGGGAUGCGACACAGGGGGAUGCGACACAGGGGGAUGCGACACAGGGGGAUGCGACACAGGGGGAUGCGACACAGGGGGAUGCGACACAGGGGGAUGCGACACAGGGGGAUGCGACACAGGGGGAUGCGACACAGGGGGAUGCGACACAGGGGGAUGCGACACAGGGGGAUGCGACACAGGGGGAUGCGACACAGGGGGAUGCGACACAGGGGGAUGCGACACAGGGGGAUGCGACACAGGGGGAUGCGACACAGGGGGAUGCGACACAGGGGGAUGCGACACAGGGGGAUGCGACACAGGGGGAUGCGACACAGGGGGAUGCGACACAGGGGGAUGCGACACAGGGGGAUGCGACACAGGGGGAUGCGACACAGGGGGAUGCGACACAGGGGGAUGCGACACAGGGGGAUGCGACACAGGGGGAUGCGACACAGGGGGAUGCGACACAGGGGGAUGCGACACAGGGGGAUGCGACACAGGGGGAUGCGACACAGGGGGAUGCGACACAGGGGGAUGCGACACAGGGGGAUGCGACACAGGGGGAUGCGACACAGGGGGAUGCGACACAGGGGGAUGCGACACAGGGGGAUGCGACACAGGGGGAUGCGACACAGGGGGAUGCGACACAGGGGGAUGCGACACAGGGGGAUGCGACACAGGGGGAUGCGACACAGGGGGAUGCGACACAGGGGGAUGCGACACAGGGGGAUGCGACACAGGGGGAUGCGACACAGGGGGAUGCGACACAGGGGGAUGCGACACAGGGGGAUGCGACACAGGGGGAUGCGACACAGGGGGAUGCGACACAGGGGGAUGCGACACAGGGGGAUGCGACACAGGGGGAUGCGACACAGGGGGAUGCGACACAGGGGGAUGCGACACAGGGGGAUGCGACACAGGGGGAUGCGACACAGGGGGAUGCGACACAGGGGGAUGCGACACAGGGGGAUGCGACACAGGGGGAUGCGACACAGGGGGAUGCGACACAGGGGGAUGCGACACAGGGGGAUGCGACACAGGGGGAUGCGACACAGGGGGAUGCGACACAGGGGGAUGCGACACAGGGGGAUGCGACACAGGGGGAUGCGACACAGGGGGAUGCGACACAGGGGGAUGCGACACAGGGGGAUGCGACACAGGGGGAUGCGACACAGGGGGAUGCGACACAGGGGGAUGCGACACAGGGGGAUGCGACACAGGGGGAUGCGACACAGGGGGAUGCGACACAGGGGGAUGCGACACAGGGGGAUGCGACACAGGGGGAUGCGACACAGGGGGAUGCGACACAGGGGGAUGCGACACAGGGGGAUGCGACACAGGGGGAUGCGACACAGGGGGAUGCGACACAGGGGGAUGCGACACAGGGGGAUGCGACACAGGGGGAUGCGACACAGGGGGAUGCGACACAGGGGGAUGCGACACAGGGGGAUGCGACACAGGGGGAUGCGACACAGGGGGAUGCGACACAGGGGGAUGCGACACAGGGGGAUGCGACACAGGGGGAUGCGACACAGGGGGAUGCGACACAGGGGGAUGCGACACAGGGGGAUGCGACACAGGGGGAUGCGACACAGGGGGAUGCGACACAGGGGGAUGCGACACAGGGGGAUGCGACACAGGGGGAUGCGACACAGGGGGAUGCGACACAGGGGGAUGCGACACAGGGGGAUGCGACACAGGGGGAUGCGACACAGGGGGAUGCGACACAGGGGGAUGCGACACAGGGGGAUGCGACACAGGGGGAUGCGACACAGGGGGAUGCGACACAGGGGGAUGCGACACAGGGGGAUGCGACACAGGGGGAUGCGACACAGGGGGAUGCGACACAGGGGGAUGCGACACAGGGGGAUGCGACACAGGGGGAUGCGACACAGGGGGAUGCGACACAGGGGGAUGCGACACAGGGGGAUGCGACACAGGGGGAUGCGACACAGGGGGAUGCGACACAGGGGGAUGCGACACAGGGGGAUGCGACACAGGGGGAUGCGACACAGGGGGAUGCGACACAGGGGGAUGCGACACAGGGGGAUGCGACACAGGGGGAUGCGACACAGGGGGAUGCGACACAGGGGGAUGCGACACAGGGGGAUGCGACACAGGGGGAUGCGACACAGGGGGAUGCGACACAGGGGGAUGCGACACAGGGGGAUGCGACACAGGGGGAUGCGACACAGGGGGAUGCGACACAGGGGGAUGCGACACAGGGGGAUGCGACACAGGGGGAUGCGACACAGGGGGAUGCGACACAGGGGGAUGCGACACAGGGGGAUGCGACACAGGGGGAUGCGACACAGGGGGAUGCGACACAGGGGGAUGCGACACAGGGGGAUGCGACACAGGGGGAUGCGACACAGGGGGAUGCGACACAGGGGGAUGCGACACAGGGGGAUGCGACACAGGGGGAUGCGACACAGGGGGAUGCGACACAGGGGGAUGCGACACAGGGGGAUGCGACACAGGGGGAUGCGACACAGGGGGAUGCGACACAGGGGGAUGCGACACAGGGGGAUGCGACACAGGGGGAUGCGACACAGGGGGAUGCGACACAGGGGGAUGCGACACAGGGGGAUGCGACACAGGGGGAUGCGACACAGGGGGAUGCGACACAGGGGGAUGCGACACAGGGGGAUGCGACACAGGGGGAUGCGACACAGGGGGAUGCGACACAGGGGGAUGCGACACAGGGGGAUGCGACACAGGGGGAUGCGACACAGGGGGAUGCGACACAGGGGGAUGCGACACAGGGGGAUGCGACACAGGGGGAUGCGACACAGGGGGAUGCGACACAGGGGGAUGCGACACAGGGGGAUGCGACACAGGGGGAUGCGACACAGGGGGAUGCGACACAGGGGGAUGCGACACAGGGGGAUGCGACACAGGGGGAUGCGACACAGGGGGAUGCGACACAGGGGGAUGCGACACAGGGGGAUGCGACACAGGGGGAUGCGACACAGGGGGAUGCGACACAGGGGGAUGCGACACAGGGGGAUGCGACACAGGGGGAUGCGACACAGGGGGAUGCGACACAGGGGGAUGCGACACAGGGGGAUGCGACACAGGGGGAUGCGACACAGGGGGAUGCGACACAGGGGGAUGCGACACAGGGGGAUGCGACACAGGGGGAUGCGACACAGGGGGAUGCGACACAGGGGGAUGCGACACAGGGGGAUGCGACACAGGGGGAUGCGACACAGGGGGAUGCGACACAGGGGGAUGCGACACAGGGGGAUGCGACACAGGGGGAUGCGACACAGGGGGAUGCGACACAGGGGGAUGCGACACAGGGGGAUGCGACACAGGGGGAUGCGACACAGGGGGAUGCGACACAGGGGGAUGCGACACAGGGGGAUGCGACACAGGGGGAUGCGACACAGGGGGAUGCGACACAGGGGGAUGCGACACAGGGGGAUGCGACACAGGGGGAUGCGACACAGGGGGAUGCGACACAGGGGGAUGCGACACAGGGGGAUGCGACACAGGGGGAUGCGACACAGGGGGAUGCGACACAGGGGGAUGCGACACAGGGGGAUGCGACACAGGGGGAUGCGACACAGGGGGAUGCGACACAGGGGGAUGCGACACAGGGGGAUGCGACACAGGGGGAUGCGACACAGGGGGAUGCGACACAGGGGGAUGCGACACAGGGGGAUGCGACACAGGGGGAUGCGACACAGGGGGAUGCGACACAGGGGGAUGCGACACAGGGGGAUGCGACACAGGGGGAUGCGACACAGGGGGAUGCGACACAGGGGGAUGCGACACAGGGGGAUGCGACACAGGGGGAUGCGACACAGGGGGAUGCGACACAGGGGGAUGCGACACAGGGGGAUGCGACACAGGGGGAUGCGACACAGGGGGAUGCGACACAGGGGGAUGCGACACAGGGGGAUGCGACACAGGGGGAUGCGACACAGGGGGAUGCGACACAGGGGGAUGCGACACAGGGGGAUGCGACACAGGGGGAUGCGACACAGGGGGAUGCGACACAGGGGGAUGCGACACAGGGGGAUGCGACACAGGGGGAUGCGACACAGGGGGAUGCGACACAGGGGGAUGCGACACAGGGGGAUGCGACACAGGGGGAUGCGACACAGGGGGAUGCGACACAGGGGGAUGCGACACAGGGGGAUGCGACACAGGGGGAUGCGACACAGGGGGAUGCGACACAGGGGGAUGCGACACAGGGGGAUGCGACACAGGGGGAUGCGACACAGGGGGAUGCGACACAGGGGGAUGCGACACAGGGGGAUGCGACACAGGGGGAUGCGACACAGGGGGAUGCGACACAGGGGGAUGCGACACAGGGGGAUGCGACACAGGGGGAUGCGACACAGGGGGAUGCGACACAGGGGGAUGCGACACAGGGGGAUGCGACACAGGGGGAUGCGACACAGGGGGAUGCGACACAGGGGGAUGCGACACAGGGGGAUGCGACACAGGGGGAUGCGACACAGGGGGAUGCGACACAGGGGGAUGCGACACAGGGGGAUGCGACACAGGGGGAUGCGACACAGGGGGAUGCGACACAGGGGGAUGCGACACAGGGGGAUGCGACACAGGGGGAUGCGACACAGGGGGAUGCGACACAGGGGGAUGCGACACAGGGGGAUGCGACACAGGGGGAUGCGACACAGGGGGAUGCGACACAGGGGGAUGCGACACAGGGGGAUGCGACACAGGGGGAUGCGACACAGGGGGAUGCGACACAGGGGGAUGCGACACAGGGGGAUGCGACACAGGGGGAUGCGACACAGGGGGAUGCGACACAGGGGGAUGCGACACAGGGGGAUGCGACACAGGGGGAUGCGACACAGGGGGAUGCGACACAGGGGGAUGCGACACAGGGGGAUGCGAGAGCUGGAUGA